AGGGGAUGGGGCGGGGCGGGGCGCUAGCUGUGGAACGGUGUCGCGCAGAUUUCAUUGGCGUUGAGGGGCAUUUCUGGAGCUUGCAGUUUGCGCCGAGGAAAAAAAAGUUUGGCCUCUCUUGCGCGUCAAGAGUUGGUAGUCCGAACACGUUCUGGCCGAUACCUAGAGACAACCCUCCGACUUCUCAGGUUCACAGACACAAUGGCGAAGAAGCGCGCAAGAGAAGCCGACGGCCAGCCGGUCGAAAAGUGCAAUCCCGACCAAAUGGACGGGGAUAGCGAAGACGACGAUGAUUUCGAUGUCGUAAACGUCGACUUCGAGUGGUUCAACUUCGACCCCGAAAUCGACUUCCACGGCGUCAAGGCGCUGCUGCGCCAGCUCUUCGACGUCGACUCGCAGCUGUUCGACUUCUCGGCGCUAGCCGACCUCAUCCUGGCCCAGCGCACCAUCGGCUCGACCGUCAAGGUCGACGGCAAGGAGACGGACGCGUACGCCUUCCUGACGGCGGUCAACCUGCACGAGCACAGGGAAAAGCCGCCCGUGGCGGCGCUCGUCAAGUACGUCUCCGAGAAGGCGCAGGCCGGCGGCAACAAGGCCCUGGCCGCGGCGGUGCCCGGCCUCCUCAGCUCCGGCAAGCACGUCGGGCUCAUCCUGGCGGACCGCCUGAUCAACAUGCCCUCCGAGAUCGUGCCGCCCAUGUACAGGCUGCUGGUGGACGAGAUCGAGGCGGCGGUGGAGGACAAGGAGCCGUACGAGUUCUCCCACUAUCUCAUCAUAUCCAAGACCUACACCGAGGUGGAGUCGAACCUGGAGAUCGAGACGGAGCGCAAGAAGAAGAAGGCCAAGGAGGAGGCACCCUUCUUCUACUUCCACGCCGAAGACGAGGUGCUCCAGAAGCACGCCCUGGUAUACGGGAGCUUCCCAUACUCGCGGGCGGACGAGGCCGUGGCGGACAGCAAGAGGGCGUUCCAGGAGAUGGGGGUCAAGUCGCAGGGACACAUGAUUUUGAUUGAGGCGGUCAAGUUCGAGGGGGCAGUCAAGGCCAUCAGCGAUUACUUGAGCCCGCCUUUGUGAGCGUGGGCUAUAAGUGUAAUGAAGAAAAAAACCAUGGCGAAAAUUCGCGCGUAUAAGCGUGGGACAAGCGCAUGAUCUAAUUCUUGUUUUGUUUUACCCUUCCCG